CUCUUCCAAUCGAACUCAUAAACUCAUAACUCCCAAAGGCUGCUGAGCACACCACCAGCCUGAAUCUUAAUUCUCUACAGAUCCUACACCCGGUAUACGCAAACAACCAGCUGCCAGCACCACCACCACCACCCACAACAAUGACCUCCAACUCCCGCCCCUCCCACCCCUCCGACCACCCCUCCGACCACAACCACAGCCACAACCACAAUCCCUCCUCCCCCCUCCCCGCCCUCUUCAAACCCACCCUCAUCCUCCACGGCGGCGCCGGCGCCAUCCACCGCGCCACCCUCCCACCCGACCUCUACGCGCAAUACCACGCCUCCCUCCUCGACUACCUGCGCUCCACCCGCGCCCUGCUGGAGGGCGGCGCCUCGGCCCUCGACGCCGCCGUCCACGCCGUCUCCCUGAUGGAGGACGACCCGCUCUUCAACUGCGGCCGCGGCAGCGUCUUCACGGCCGCCGGCACCAUCGAGAUGGAGGCCUCGCUCAUGGUCACCUCGGUGCACCCGGGGCAUCCGCUGUCGGAACGGGCGGUGGUCAAGCGCGGCGUCGGCGUGAUGGGGCUGCGGAAUGUGAGGCAUCCGGUUCGGUUGGCGAGGGAGGUGCUGGAACGGGAGGGGCGGGGGCAGCGGGGUGCUGGCGGUGCGGAUGGGCGUGGGGAUGGCGGCAGUAUGCACUCGCAGCUGGUGGCUCCUUAUGUGGAAGAUGUGUUGGCCCGGCAGUGGGGGUUGGAGUUCAUGCCCGAUGAGUGGUUCUUCACGCAGCGGCGCUGGGAGGAGCAUCUGCGGGGGUUGCGGGGUGAGGCCGAGACUGUCUCGAUGAGUCAGGGGACCGUGGGCUGUGUCUGUUUGGAUCGCGGGGGCGGGCUGGCGGUUGCUACGAGUACCGGCGGCUUGACGAAUAAGUUGCCGGGGAGGAUUGGGGAUACGCCGACCCUGGGGGCGGGGUUUUGGGCUGAGGCGUGGGAGGAGGACUGGGUUGAGGGGAUGGGGUGUGGUGGUCUGGUGGAUGGCGAGAAGGGGGAGAAGGCCGGAGGGCUUUGGGAUCUGACUCUGGGAGAUUGUUUGCCGGGGUUUGUGAAGGAUGGGGCUGAUAGGAUGUUUGAGGCUUUGUGGGGAGAGGAAGAGGAUGGGUUGGCUCGACGGGGUUACGAUGGUGAUGAUACUGCACCAAAGUCGGAGAAGGAAUGGCUGAUUGCGCACCCGCUGGAGCCGACUCCUGCGCAGAAGCGGCGUGCGGUUGCGGUGUCGGGGACGGGCAAUGGGGAUUCUUUCCUUCGCACGGCGGCGGCACGGACGGCUUGCGCCAUCUCCCGCUUCUCAACCCCCAAACCCUCGUUGGCUGAGGCUGUCAGUGCCGUUGCUGGGCCCGGCGGCGAGUUGCAGCGUUCGGCCGGGGAUCGUUGGGGCUCAACGGGCGAAGGUCAGGGGGGUAUUAUUGGUAUAGAGGCUGAGUUGGAGGAUUCCGUGGCCAUGGAUCAUGGUGAUGAUAACGACCGAACCAAGCUCCGACGGGGAAAAGUGGUGUUCGACUUCAAUUGCGGAGGGUUAUGGAGGGCUUGGGUGGAGGAUUCUGGUGAUGGGGAGGAAGUUGAGCGGGUGAUGGUGUUUAGAGAGGAAUAUAAAUAGAGAAGAGAGAGAGAGAGAGAGAGAGAGAUUGGCAUGAUAUAAGUUAAGUUACUACCUACUAUACUAGUAUACACAGUAGUUAAGUUGGGUAAAAGAUGAUUAGUCAAUUCGAGACUGGCCUGGUUAAG